AUGAUGAGCUGGGGAUCCACAGAUGUCUACCUGAAUGAGAUCGAGAGCAGCUUGGAGAGCAUUUUUUACAGCAAGGAAGAGCAGGAGCAUGAAAUGUGGAGGACGUACAUGGAGAGGAGGAGCGUCGUGCGGCAGUUCCUGCAGGCCGACCUGAGCCUCCCCCUGCUGAAACGGCACCGCAAGAGAAUCGAGCUCCUGAAGAAGUGCUCCUACUACAUCGAGAUCCUGCCCAAGCACCUGGCGCUGGGGGACCAGAACUACCGGAUGCUGCCCACCACCAUGUUCCAGCUGAUCGACCCCUGGCGCUUCCAGAGGAUGAAGAAGGUGGGGACGAUCCAAACCAAAAUCCAGCUGCUGCUCUUGACAGACCUGCUAGAACAGCUGGAACGGGGGCGGGAGGAGUUGCUCCACUUCCUGGAGACCUACGACAUGGUAACGUUCCUCUCCAGGUGGGAUGCAAUUAAGCAGCAGCUGUCUGGCCUCUCGGAGCUGAUGGACAAUUUCCUCGCCAUGCUCGUGCCGGGAAGGCUGCAUGUCAAACACCGGCUUGUCUCGGAUGUCGGGGCGACCAAAAUCCCGCACAUUCGGCUGGUGCUGAGCACCCAGAUGCCGGUGAUGUUUGAUCGAAAGGAAUCCGUGGCGCAUGAGGACUGGGUGAGUCUCAAGUGGUUUAUCACAAGUCAGCAAACGCAGCCUGAACAGUACGAGCUCAGGUUUAAACUCCUGGAGCCCAGAACCCCCCAGGAGCGGUUGCAAUGUGGGAUGAUGCUGGUCACGUCCAGUAUGUGCGAAAUCCGGAACCUGCUGCCCGACAGGUCAUACAAAUUCACAAUUAAGCGAGCAGAGACGUACAUGCUCGUCUACGACCAGUGGUGCGACGCCAUCGCGUUGAAGACAAGCCCGGACGAAGCCAUGGAGAGCAGCACGCAUGAGACCUGAGGGCCAAAGUGACAGGCUGGCACAUGUUCUAGUUUUAUCCAUUCAAAGAAAUGAAACAAAAUAAGAGUUGAAUAGGAAAAUUAAAAGCUUAUUUUUAAAGAUUUUACAUUGAAAAAAAUACCAACCUAUCAGCUUCUUCUGCCUCACGUGGCAGUUUUCAAAAAGUGCCCCAAUAUAAGUUGUUCCAGAUUGACAAUAACUGGAGCACAGCAUGACCAUGAGCAUCUCCACAGCGGCCCGGGGACCUCUGGAAGCAGUUGGCCAAGCAGACUGUGCAUGGGUGCAAGAUCACCACAUUGCACCAGUCUUUCCUGCCCACCACUGAGACUUGUCCCAGGUCCUGAGUUUUCACAGGCGAGAUCUCCCCAGCCCGCUCGCCAUGUCCUUUCUUCUCUCCCCGUCUCCAGAAAGAGGGUCUCAGUUUCCUGCAUUUCAGCUCGCAUGAAGCCCCGUCUCCACGAUCCCGCACCGCUGCCAGUCUCCACCCCGGGUCCCUUCCCUGCGCUUUUGCCCUCACUACUGGCCUUCUCAUGUCCUGCCACGUCCCCUCUCUAAGGGCACACUCUGCAGAUGCAGGAAAAAGAGAUCCUUUUUGACUUAGAAACCAGCAAAGUGCAAAAUCCCCCAGGAAUCAUCAUUUAGAAAACAGGUUUCCUCUGGGUUUCACACUCACAACCUUUCUUUCCCGAUUCAGCCCUGGCCGCUCCCCCCCUUCCAGAUCUUUCACACAGACAGACCAACCGUAUUUCCACAGUCAAUAAAAAUUUAUUGUCUUCUAACAAAUGCAAUCAUCUCUGUAAUUAUGGCUUAAAUAUCAAAAAAAGGGAAUGUUGAGAUGUA